AUGCGUACACCCAUGAACCCUAACCCUAAAUGCCGUGGAAUGUGGGUGCAAAGGGCGGCGGCAGGGCCACGGUUAAAUAAGCGCACAACAUCCGAGGGACUUAAGGAAGCAUUUUUGAAAUUUGGUCAGGUUAUUGAAGCAAGAGUAAUCACUGAUAGAAUAUCUGGAUACUCCAGAGGAUUUGGCUUUGUCAAAUAUGCGACUGUACAAGAAGCUGGUGAGGCCAUAAAAGGCAUGGAUGGAAAGGUCACUGCAUUUUUUGGCCACUGUGUUGCAAGGAGCUUACACUGCAGAAAUGCAAUGCGUUCUUGGCUCUUGCCCGCAGUAUGGGGGCUGUUUGGUUGCAACCUUGGCCUGGAGGCUGCUGGCCAGGGAGGUUGA